CGGGAUUGGAGGAGGAGACAACUGUUUUGGUCCAUUAGCGAGAUGAGAGGUGACUCUGUCAGCGCCCUUUGACAUCAUCGUCCAAACAGUGCGCCUACUGCAGCCCCAGGGCCCACCUGUGUCCCUCCUCCGAGGCGUGGCACCUUGGUCCCUUGUGGGUGGGGUGGCGGUGGAGGGUAGCCGGAGCGCGGGGCCAACCGGCUCCUUCCUUCCUCCCCUCCCGCCCCUCCCGCCCCUCCCGCCCUGGCUCCCGCCGCCGGCUCCGGGACCGCAGCCACGUCUGAAAGCGCUUCAUUGUGUGCGCUCCGCUCCAGGCGGACAGCGCCUAGCAGCGCGCGAGCAGCGGCGGCCGCACAGCUUCUCUUCCUGGGGACUCCUGCCGUGUUUCCAGGUUCCCUGCGCCUUGAGUCCUGAGGUGCCUGCAAUAUCUUGGUAUCCACAGAGCUCCGUCCCUGGUAUCACCGCGUGCCCCGUAAUAGCCUUGGGAUCCUACGGAACAAAGUCUCCCUACUGACUCCCAGGGAAGAGACCGCACACUGUGGAGGGGAACUUGGAAGAAACGACAGGAAGCAGCCUUCGCGGAGCCUCGGGAGAGACGUGUCUGCCACCUCGGCGCCCCAGGACAGACAAGGACGGCGAGCUUUGGGGCCAUGAGGCCCCUCUGAGCGUCUCCCAUGGAUUUGUGAUCGAGGCGGGCAGCGUUCCCGGCAGCCCUGGACAAGGGCGCCCCCAGCUGGCGGCAUGUGGCUGCCGCGCAUCUCCAGCACGACGGUGACCGUGCUGCUGCUGGCGCAGACGGGCCUCCUGCUCUUCCUGAUCUCCAGGCCCAGGCCUACGUCCCCAGUGGCUGGCGAGGAACGGGUGCAUGUGCUGGUGCUGUCCUCCUGGCGCUCGGGUUCUUCCUUCGUGGGCCAACUCUUCAGCCAGCACCCCGAUGUCUUUUACCUGAUGGAGCCCGCAUGGCACGUGUGGACCACCCUGUCGCAGGGCAGCGCGUCUGCGCUGCACAUGGCUGUGCGUGACCUGGUGCGCUCGGUCUUCCUGUGCGACAUGGACGUGUUUGACGCCUACCUGCCCUGGCGUCGCAACCUGUCCGACCUCUUCCAGUGGGUAGUGAGCCGUGCGCUGUGCUCGCCGCCGGCCUGCAGCGCCUUCCAGCGUGGCGCCAUCAGCAGCGAAGCGGUUUGCAAGCCACUGUGCGCGCGGAGGCCCUUCAGCCUGGCGCAGGAAGCCUGCCGCUCCUACAGCCACGUGGUGCUCAAGGAGGUGCGCUUCUUCAACCUGGAGGUGCUCUACCCGCUGCUCACCGACCCGGCGCUCAACCUGCGCGUCGUGCACCUGGUGCGCGACCCGCGGGCGGUGCUGCGCUCGCGUGAGCAAACGGCCAAGUCGCUGGCGCGCGACAACGGCAUCGUGUUGGGCACCAACGGCACGUGGGUGGAGGCUGACCCGGGCCUGCGUGUGGUGCGCGAGGUGUGCCGCAGCCACGUGCGCAUCGCCGAGGCCGCUACCCGCAAGCCACCGCCCUUUCUGCACGGCCGCUACCGCCUGGUGCGCUUCGAGGACCUGGCUCGCGCGCCCCUGCCUGAGAUCCGCGCGCUCUAUGCCUUCGCAGGCCUGAGCCUCACGCCGCAGCUCGAGGCCUGGAUCCACAACAUCACGCAUGGGUCGGGGCCCGGUGCGCGUCACGAGGCCUUCAAGACCACGUCCAGGGACGCGCUCAACGUCUCCCAGGCCUGGCGUCACACACUGCCCUUUGCCAAGAUCCGCCGCGUGCAGGACCUUUGUGCAGGCGCGCUGCAGCUGCUGGGCUACCGGCCUGUGUUCUCCGAGGACGAGCAGCGUGACCUCGCCCUGGACCUGGUGCUGCCGCGCGGGCCGAGCAGCUUCAGCUGGGCAUCAUCCACCUCCGUGCACCCCAGGCCCUAGCAGAGGUCCCCAGUUAUGGCUGUUGCCAGGGCUGGGACACAAUGGUGGGGAGGGAGCCUGGGCACAGGCCACUGCUGGAGAGGCCGGGAGUUUGCGAGUCCUCACCUGCAGUAGACAAGGACUGCGUCCCCAGACUCCUUGUUUUUUCCCCACUUCUUGACUUUCCUUCGAGUCCUCUUUUCGAGCUGGGUUCCCACCAGGCACACACUUCGUGGAAAGCAAAGCCCGUGCCCCCACUUCCUCUGGGCACAGGGAAUAGUUCAGACUACUUGACUCCUACUCAAGCUCUUUCUUUCCUCUUAUCUCUUUCCUCCCUUGGGAUGCCUUAUCCAGCAGCUAAGAAGGGUGUCUCCUCCCUGCCUGGAAGUGUAGGGGCGCUGUGGUGAGCUGACCCAUGAACUCUGCACAUGUCUCCACACACACACCUCAGACUCCAUUGCCACCACGUGCCUGGCACCACACUGUAUCAAAGACGUUGACAUUUAUAUUCACCUGUAUGUUCAAAAAAUCAGAUAAGGUGGCUCUCAUCAUGUGGUCCCUCCUUAGCCUCUCUCGGUCCCUUCUCCCAGCAGCCCAUACACCUCCAGCCCCUGCCCAUAAAGUGAACCUUUGAUUUGUCCUGACGGGAAAGAUCCUACCUACAGAAAUAAACAUAAUAAUUAACCUGUGUGGUACAGAUUA